AUGUCACGCCAGUUGGCGGUGGGCACGUGUGAGAUCGUGACGCUCAACAGAGACAGCAGCGUGCCCAGGCGCACCAUCGACCGUCAGACUGCCCGCUGUGCCUGCAGGAGAGGCCAGAUCGCUGGCACCACGCGAGCCAGGCCUGCCUGCGUCGACGCGCGUAUCGUGAGGGGCAGACAGUGGUGUGAGAUGGCACCCUGCUUGGAGGGGGAGGUGUGUGGCCUCCUCUUCAACCGCUCUGGCUGGACCUGUACCAAAGGCAGUGGCCGUAUCAAGACAGUCACGUUGUAUAAGGAGUAA